UCUCCAAUUUCAGGACCCCUCAGUGUCUCUCAAAGUAGCCUCUGAAGCUCCUCACUCUCCCUUGGACCAGCCAGCCAGCCAGACACACUGCGCCCGGGGACAGACAGACAGACGCACUGAGACAGAGAGACAGGCAUUAGAAACUCAGAGCAGUGCUCCCCCUUGCUCAGGACUACCCUCCCUCCCUCCUUUCUCAAUCUCUCCAUCACCUGCCUGCACCUGUACAACCACCAAACCAGCGAACCAACCAUCCAACCAGCCACACAGCUACCCAGCUACCCAGCCAGCCAGCCACCCAACCAGCGAACCACCUAGCCUCUGAGCCAACCACCCAACCAGCCAACCAGCCAGCUACCGAGCCAGCCACCCAGCUGCCAUGGCCCCCAAGAAGAAGAGCGCUCGUCAGCGGCAGCCCGUGUCGCUGGAGAAGCCUCUGCCUGUCUCCGGAAGGGUGCUGAUUGAGGAGACCCCGCUGGAGGUGGACCACCUGAACCUGCUGAACGGGCUGCGGGACUCAGGGUCCCCCUGCAGCUCCACGGAGAUGGUGCACCCCGAGCACGGUGCCGCCCUGCUGGAGGAGUUCAGCCGCAUGCGGCAGGAGCGUCUCCUCACCGACCUGGUGCUGGCCACCAAGACCAAGUCCUUCGACGUCCACAAGCUGGUCAUGGCCUCCUGCAGCCUGCACUUCCGGGAGCUGCUGAAGAAGGACCCCGGGGUGCAGAGGGUGGAGCUGGACUCCCUGUCCCCGCUCGGGCUGGCCAGUGUAAUCACCUACGCCUACAUGGGUAGAGUCAACCUGUCCCUGUACACCAUCGGCUGCACCGUGGCCACUGCCACCGCCCUUCAGAUCCCACAGCUGGUGCAGAUGUGCAGCGACUUCCUGCUGCAGGAGAUGAGCGUGGAGAACUGCAUGUACAUCUCCAACAUCGCCGCGGCGUACGGGCUGAACGGAGCCGCAGAGGCGGCGCGCGGCUUCAUCCGGGCCUCCUUCACGGAGUUCUCCCGGUCCGACCACUUCCUGCGACUCACCCUGGAGCAGAUCCGUGAGCUGCUGAGCGACGACGCCCUGGUGCUCCCCUCCGAGCUCGACGCCUUCCACAGCGCCCUCCGCUGGCUGGAGUUCGACCAGCCCCGGAGUCGCCACGCCGCCGAGCUUCUGGGACACGUGCGCUUCGGCACCAUCCCCGCCCAGGAGCUGGUGAGCCACGUGCAGCCCGUGCCCCGCAUGAUGCAGGACCCCGAGUGCCACCGGCUGCUGGUGGAAGCCAUGAACUACCACCUCCUGCCCUUCCAGCAGAACGGGCUGCAGUCACAGCGCACCCGGAGCAGGGCUGGCCACUCCGCCCUGGUGACCGUGGGGGGCCGGCCCUCGCUCACGGAGAAGGCCCUGAGCAGGGAGGUGCUCUGCAGGGACCCCGACUCCCUUGCGUGGCACAAGCUCUCCGAGAUGCCGGCCAAGAGCUUCAACCAGUGCGUGGCUGUGAUGGACGGCUUCCUGUACGUGGCGGGUGGGGAGGAUCAGAAUGAUGCACGCAACCAGGCCAAGCACGCUGUCAGCAACCUCUGCAGGUAUGACCCGCGCUUCAACUCCUGGCUGCACCUGGCCAGCAUGCGCCAGCGCCGCACCCACUUCAGCCUGAGCGCCCUCGACGGGCAGCUGUUUGCAAUCGGGGGGCGCAGCGCCGAGGGGAUCCUGUCCACGAUUGAGUGCUACAUGCCGUCCAGCAAUGCCUGGCAGCCACGGGCGGUCAUGGAGAUGCCACGGUGCUGCCAUGCCUCGGCCACGGUCAACGGGACCAUCCUGGUGACUGGCGGCUACAUCAACAGCGCCUAUUCGCGCACAGUGAGCCGCUACGACCCAACCACGGACAGCUGGGCGCAGGCGGCGGAUCUCAGCACCCCCCGUGGAUGGCACUGCGCCGCCUCCCUCGGGGACAGAGCCUACGUGGUGGGGGGCAGCCAGCUGGGGCCGCGGGGCGAGCGAGUGGACGUGCUGCCCGUGGAGAGCUUCAACCCAGCCACCGGCCAGUGGAGCUACGUGGCGCCCCUGCCCAUGGGGGUCAGCACAGCCGGCCUCACCUCCGUGGACGGCAGGCUGUACCUACUUGGGGGCUGGAACGAGAGCGACAAGCGCUACAAGAAGAGUGUGCAGACCUUCGACCCCGCGCUCAACGAGUGGGGGCAGGACCACGAGCUGCCCGAGGCCACCGUCGGCGUGUCCUGCUGCACCCUGACCCUGCCACGCUCAGCCAUUCAGCGCCACGGAAACACGGAGUCCAGAGCCAGCAGCAUGGCGUCCUCCGAGCCAGCCCACGUGUAGAUGGGGGGGGGGGGGGGGGGGGGGAUUGUAACACGGGAGUAAGGAGUCUCAUGGCUAGUUUCACAGACCCCCCCCCAUUAGCGCUGGUCUCGUACUUAAGAACAUGGAAACGCUCAAGCACAAUUCUCAGGCAGAACUAGAAGAAACCGAGUCAAGCAGACAAAAGCGUUUCUUGACUUUAGUCUCACCUGGUAGAAUUCUGAUUGAGCGUUUAACCCUGUUCUUUUUCCAUAACUUUUAAAACACUCAGGAGCAAUAAUAAUAAUAAUAAUAAUAAUAAUAAUAAUAAUAAUAAAUAAUAAUAAUAAUAUCGCAACAAUAAAAACUCGACUUGGGUCUGUGAAACCAGCCUGUUGCUGGAUGUGGUCAAUGAUCAGUGAAGCUGGCCCACAGCAGUCUGCUGGAGACACUGUUUGUUUUUCUGUUUUGUUUUUUGGUAACAGGAUGAAAUGAGGAUAAAACAAACAAAACAAAAAAAAACACUGGUGAUUUAGUUCAAAGUUUAAAAAAAAAAUUAAGUCAGAUGUAGGAUUUUCGUGUGGCUGAAAAGUGUAGUUUUCACUUGAAGUGAAUCCUUUUUUUAUUAGUUUUUAUUAUUAAAGGAGAAACAGAUAAGUUAUUAUAAAGAAGAAAAUAAAAAAAAAGUUUUAAAGAUUACAACUAAAGAAGGACUAUUAGAAAUGCAAGCGAAGGAGAGCGAUGGAUUACUGGAGCGAAGAGAUUUGAGAAG